UGUCAGUCAGCAAAGCCAACCUCCAGUCGUGCGUGAUUGUUCCGAGUUGUUCAGUGAGUGAACGCAAAUAGACUAAAGGCGCCGUGCUUGUGUGAAGAACAUGACAGGCGACAGUUAAAAGUUAAAACGUAUUUGUUUGUCGGCGCAGGCACCUCUUUGUUUUAGUUUUUUCUGUCUUUCACAUUGUUACUGCCAUGGAGCCGAUAACAAAGUGGACCCCAAAGCAAGUUGUCGACUGGAUGAAAGGGUUGGAUGACAGCUUGCAGCAGUAUAUUAGCAACUUUGAGAGGGAAAAGAUCAGCGGGGAACAGCUAUUGAAGAUCACUCAUCAAGACUUGGAGGAGCUUGGCGUUGCAAGAAUUGGACACCAGGAACUGGUCCUGGAGGCUGUCGAUCUGCUGUGUGCUUUGAACUAUGGAGUGGAAACGGAUAAUCUGAAGAAUCUUGUUGUUAGGAUGAGAGCUGCAACCACCAGUCUACACAUCGCUACAAAGGAUCGCAGAAAAAGCCCCCCCUCUGAGGGCAGCAUGUCUCGCAAGCCACCAAAUGACUUCCUUACCUCUGUGGUGGAGCUGAUUGGUGCUGCCAAGAGCCUUCUGGCUUGGCUUGACAGGACGCCUCUCACAGGGAUCAGUGACUUCACCGCUACGAAGAACAAGAUCAUACAGCUGUGCCUGAAGUUAACCACCACAGUUCAGCAGGACUUCAGCAUUUAUGAGAUGGAAGAAAAGAUCCUGGAAGUUUCCAAGACUUUGAACGACAUCUGUGAUCAGACCGUGAGAACCACAUCGGACCCCCUCUUGAGCCAGUCUGCCUGUCUGGAGGAGGUCCAGCUGACCAACAUCAAACCAGGAGAGGGGCUGGGAAUGUACAUCAAGUCGACGUACGAUGGUUUGCAUGUCAUCACUGGAACCACAGAACAUUCUCCCGCUGAUCUUUCCAGGAAGAUCCAUGCAGGUGAUGAAGUAAUUCAAGUCAACCAGCAAACAGUGGUCGGCUGGCAGCUGAAAAACCUUGUUUUCAAACUGAGAGAAGACCCGAAAGGUGUGGUUCUACUCCUUAAGAAGAGGCCGACGGGCACUUCAAGUUUCACCCCCGCCCCGCUUAAGAACAUGCGCUGGAAGCCCCCCGUACCACAGAAUAAUUCCUCCCUGAUCAGAUCCCAGUCCCCCUCCAGUUUGGCUAAUGGAUCUACUAAAAAGGAGAAACCAGCUAUUGUGGAUUUGUACAUUCCUCCGCCGCCUCCAGUGCCAUACACUCCACGAGAGAUGAGAACAGACUCCCUCUCCAGCAUUAGUCAAAGACCAAAGGGCUCUGAGUCUCCCAACUCCUUCCUGGACCAGAAGGGCAGAAAACGUAUCACCAUCACAGAUUAUGACAAAUUAAAUCCCGGCUUUCCUAUCGAAGCCACUGUGAUUCAGCCCAGAAUGAGGGAGCACAGGGCUUCACGUGGUAAGCCCCGGCCACUGUCCAUGCCAGCAGAUACGUGUGUUGCAGUAGUGGACACAUAUGCCAAGCCCUGGGCACCUGGCAGAAAAGGUGAGGACCAACUGUACAGAUACCUCAGUAAUGAGCGGAUUCCCACCAUUGCCGAGGAAGUCCCAUCGGCAUCCUCGCCCUACAGGCCUGCGAGGGAGCGUCAACUCGUCCGAGUCGACCACAUCAGAAACAGCUGCUACUAUUCCAACUCAGACCUCCACAACAGCGCCACCAUCCCCUACCAGGAGGACACCAAAAAGACCCCCGUAAGCCCUAUCUCAAAGCGCACGCCAGCAGAGCGCUCACUACUGGUCAGUUGGAUCACGCGGCUUAAGCUGUUGACUCACUGAUGAUGUGCUUCCUGUGCCGGGGCUUCCUGUUCCUGUCCUGUGUUCUUCCUCAGUGCCUUUGACGUUUUAGUGUCCAGCUGUUUUUUGGCAGCUUCGGGCUCUCUCUCUCUCCUCUCUCACCCCAAACCUCCAUAUUCUCAUGGUGUUAUGGCUACUACCAACUACUACUACUACUACUACUACUACUACUACUCUGCAACCAACCUUGCUUUUGUAGUACUCACUACAUUAAGUCAUUGCCCUUGUAAUACUGCCCUCAGUCCUAAUCUCAGACUAGAAAACCCCUGAUCUGUUUACUCAGGUUUAGAAACACUUUGGCCUUGUUCCCUUUCUAGACUUCUGUGUACAUAUUAAGUUAUGUAAGUUUUCCGUUAAGAUGUUCUCUGGUACAAAUAUUUAAUCACUGAAGUUCUUCUUUGGUUUUAAAUUUCCAAUAAAUUAUAAAGUGAAAGUAAGUGGAGAAAAAUGUUUGUUAGUGAAACUGCUUUUUAAUUUCAUGUUAUUUUCUUUCUUGAAAUAAUUAUUUCAUAUUAUUUACAGUGCUGUGAAAAAGUAUUUUUCCACUUAUAGAUUUCUUCUGCUUUUGCUUUUUUGAUGCUUAAGUGUUUGUGAUCAUCAAACAGCUCCUAAUAUCAGACAAAUGAUAUCCUUUAUCAAUAAAAAAAUGCAACUUCAACCCCCCUUUCCGUGUUGGGACCUUUCAGUUUAUUGUGACACAUAAAGAACGUAUGAACUUGACAGAAUCAAGGUGUGAUCUGAAAGAGACUUUUGUUUCCCAACUGUUAAGAUCAGGGCAUUUCUUUUCGAGAUCUUGAAGUGUGCUUCAUUUUUUCAGACAGCUUCUAUUCAAAUGAUGUCCAAAAAUGUAAUUAGACAAGGUUAAUUUAAGAUUUAGCAUGGGGGGUAACUAUUUAGGGCCAGGUUGGUUUGGAAAACUUUUUUUCCCCUCAAUCAAUUAAAUCAUCAUUUGAAAACGGCAUUUUGCAUGUACUGUGGCUAGAUCUGUCUGUUUGAUCUCAAACAUUUAAAGAUGAUGAAGCAAAAACAGAAAAGAUCUAGGUGUGAAAAGCUUUUUCUCAUCACUGUACAUUAGUGUGCCACCACUUGCCUCUUGUAAGCUAUGCAUCAAAUUUCUGCAGUCACUAAAGCUCACCAGGCUGCAUUGGUUUUUGAUGUUCACAUAUAUUAAUAAGCAAGUAUUUGUGCAUAUUUAAGACUAUGCACACUGACCUUUAGUUUACUCUGCAGUCACCCUCCUAAAGGCCCUUGAGUGUCUUUGAAACACGGGUCCAGUUGCUCUCUGACGGCUCUUGCUAUGGAAAAAUGAGAAGAAAAGGAAUGUCAGUAUUAUAUAAAAGAAAACUGCAGGAAGUGUCUGUUGUUACUUUUUCUGCGUUUUUGUAAGAUUUAAAAAGAAUUUUAUUAAAACUGGCAGUUCAUUUCAGUGAA